AGUCACUUCGCUCGCACCGCACUUGCGCCUGCCCUUCCCGCGCUUCCUCUCCGGCGGUAUUUAACCCUCUGACUGUUGGCCUCGCUCUUCCGGCUGGCAUCUCCGGCUUUGCCAGUCCUGCGUCUCUGCUGUCCCCUCUCCCUCCUGCGCCCACUCCUCUUUCUCCGCUCUCGCCCGCUCUUCCCCUCACUCCUCCACCUCCCACUCUCCCAGGCUCAGUCGCACCCGGGCCAGGAGGCUACACGCCCAGCCGUCUACGCGGAAAUAGCUCCGGCUAGGGGAGAACUUAACGGCUGCAGGUUGCGUAGGUGCGGCAGGAGUUUCAGCGGGCAGAGCCACCAGCCAGGAGGUCCCCAGUGGCAUGGCCAGGAAAAGCGCCUUCCCUGCCGUCGUGCUCCGACUCUGGAGCAUCCUCCCGUGCCUGCUGGUGCUACGGGCGGAGGUCGGGCAGCCACCAGAGGAAAGCCUGUACCUGUGGAUCGAUGCUCACCAGGCGAGAGUGCUCAUAGGAUUUGAAGAAGAUAUCUUAAUUGUUUCAGAGGGGAAAAUGGCCCCUUUUACACAUGACUUCAGAAAAGCACAACAGAGAAUGCCAGCGAUUCCUGUCAACAUCCAUUCGAUGAAUUUCACCUGGCAAGCUGCAGGGCCGGCAGAAUACUUCUAUGAAUUCCUCUCCUUGCGCUCCCUGGAUAAAGGCAUCAUGGCAGACCCAACUGUCAACGUCCCUCUGCUGGGAACAGUGCCUCACAAGGCAUCAGUUGUUCAAGUCGGGUUCCCAUGUCUUGGCAAACAAGAUGGAGUGGCAGCGUUCGAAGUGAAUGUGAUUGUAAUGAAUUCUGAAGGCAACACCAUCCUGCAGACGCCUCAGAAUGCCAUCUUCUUUAAAACCUGUCAACAAGCUGAGUGCCCAGGAGGGUGCCGACAUGGAGGCUUUUGUAAUGAAAGGCGAGUCUGCGAGUGUCCCGACGGGCUCUACGGACCUCACUGCGAGAAAGCCCUCUGCACACCACGAUGCAUGAAUGGCGGGCUUUGUGUUACUCCUGGUUUCUGCAUCUGCCCACCUGGAUUCUAUGGCGUCAACUGUGAUAAAGCAAACUGCUCGACCACAUGCUUCAAUGGAGGGACCUGUUUCUACCCUGGAAAGUGUAUCUGCCCUCCAGGACUAGAGGGAGAACAGUGUGAAAUAAGCAAAUGCCCACAGCCCUGUCGAAAUGGAGGUAAAUGCAUCGGGAAAAGCAAAUGCAAGUGUUCCAAAGGUUACCAAGGAGACCUCUGUUCAAAGCCUGUCUGCGAGCCUGGCUGUGGGACCCAUGGAACCUGCCAUGAACCCAACAAAUGCCAGUGUCAAGAAGGCUGGCAUGGAAGACACUGCAAUAAAAGGUACGGAGCCAGCCUCAUGCAUGCCCUGAGGCCAGCAGGCGCCCGGCUUCAGCAGCACACGACUUCACUUAAAAAGGCCGAGGAGCCGCGGGACCCACCUGAAUCCAAUUACAUCUGGUGAACUCCGACAUCUGAAACGUUUUAAGUUACACCAAGUUCAUAGCCUUUGUUAACCUUUCAUGUGUUGAAUGUUCAAAUAAUGUUCAUUACAGUUAAGAAUACUGGCCUGAAUUUUAUUAGCUUCAUUAUAAAUCACUGAGCUGAUAUUUACUCUUCCUUUUAAGUUUUCUAAGUACGUCCGUAGCAUGAUGGUAUAGAUUUUCUUGUUUCAGUGCUUUGGGACCAAUUUUGUCAGUUGAUCAGGUUAAAUUUUUGUCUUUUCUGUGUGUCAUUGGCAGAUGAUUUCCAAAAGUACAAUGCAUUCAUGGUGUCGAGGGGCUGGGCAACAUUAGGAAAGAUAAAUGGAACAAAAAUGCAUAAAGCACAAGGGUUUGGAUGAAGCAGUUAAAACUGCUGAAGUUACAGCGUUUCAGAUUGUACCGUCAUGUAUUUAGACAUCUGUCACAUUUUUAAAAUUCUCCAUAUUUUUAAACUCACAAUAUAUUUUGACCUUACCAUGAUUCCAGAGAAUUCAGUAUUAAAAAAAAAGAAAAAUAACACUGUGGUAGUGGCAUUUAACAAUAUAAUAUAUUGUAAACACAAUAAAGUACAGAAUAUAAUGUAUGAACUUUUGGCAUUGGCUUGAAGCAAUAUAAUAUAUUGUAAACAAAACACAGCUCUUACAUAAACAUUUUAUACUGUUUGUAUGUAUAAAAUAAAGGUGCUGCUUUAGUUUUC